UCACCAUUCAUCAUUCCAAAACUGCUCUAGCAGUUUUAGUUUUUUUUUAUAAAAAUGGGGCGACCCCAAGAGGAAGGCGAAUGCCCCCCUUCGCCCUCAGUUGCGUUACGUGGGAGGAAGAACAGUCAUCAUGGAGGAGGCAAGCGCCAACCGUCAAGCCGGUCGAAGACCCCCUUCAAGAACAAGAAGAAGGUGGUGACCAGAAGAAGGUCCUCUUCGAGCGAAGGAAGGAAGUCGCGUGAUGGUCGUAACAGGCGCAAGGGAACAUCCCGCUCGCCCACCCCGACCAAGAAGAAGAAGACCACGACAACCAGGUCAUCGUCUACAUCGAGCGAGGGGAGGAUUUCGCGUGAUGGUCGAAGCAGACGAAAAAGAAGAUCCCGUUCUUAACAGGUGGAUUGACAGAUCGUAUGGAUGACAUUGUGUAGUGAUUUAUUUUAACACAAGCUUUCGGAAAACAACUGUUUCCUUCUUCAGGUGGUUAGAAAUAAUUACAAUAAUUAUUUACACUUGACAAAGUUUAGUGAAGAAAUAAGAUGGGUAAUAAAUAGCAAAAUAGUUGUUGACAGUAAGUUGUUGUCACGGACGCUGGGGUCGUGGCGCUGGUGGAAUUAUCAGCUUCGAUGUAAGGGGAAGUAAUAAUGAACUCCAUAUAGGAUUGAUGUCCAUCCCCAUAUCUCUGUUCAUUCUAUGUGGAGUGUUUUUGAUAAAUAAUGCUUCUUUGAAUUCGAAUUCUUUGAAUUGAAUUGAAUUCUUUGAAGAUCCCGUUCGCCCACCCCGACCAAGAAGAAGAAGACCACGACAACCAGGUCAUCGUCUACAUCGAGCGAGGGGAGGAAUUCGCGUAAUGGUCGAAGCAGAC